AUGUCGUCGAAGCAUUCCAAAGCCGAAACCGCGAAAAAGGCGAGUAAAACGGUCACGAUGAGCAAUCAGCAAGUCGCAGAGCCCGCGACGAACGCUACAUCCUGUUCAACAAAUACCGUUGCUAUUCCCUCUACUAGCGGCCAGGUAAUAGUAGUUAGUAUCGAUCAGGCCGGGACUGGAGCAGCCCCUGAGAAGCGUAUGGCUGGAGAAAAGCAAACCGGUAAAUCUAGUGGCGCCACCAGCGCAGCGGUCAUUCACGAGUCAGACUGUCCCUUGUGUGAUGAGCCAAAUGAUAUGGAAAUGGUCCAAUGUGAUACUUGCCAAAGGUGGUUUCAUUUUCGGUGCGUGGAGGUAACGCAGGACAUUCAAAACGUGAGCUGGAGCUGCACCGACUGUCCUACUGUGAGUAAUCAACAACGUACGACUGCCCCCGUACCUACUCAAAACCAAACAUUGCCUACCCAGUCGCAGACGGCGAAGAGCGUUGUAAAGAGUAUACAAAGUGAGGCAAGUAGGAGAUUGAAGCUGCAGUUGCUGAAAAUCGAAGAAGAGAAAAAACUUGAACAGAAGUACCUGAAGAAGAAAUACGAUGUGCUUCUUGAGUACGGAAGUGAUACUUCAACGGAGAUAAGUGUCAACGAGGCGGAGAAAAUAUCUAAAAUCGAGGAAUGGGUAGCCGAUACUGAGCGUUGCGAUAACCAAGCGAACACCGGAUUAGAGCCUGAAGAGUUGGAAGAACUUUUGCCAAUCCAACUGGCUGGAUCUACAGAGCAAACUGCUCCGAAUCUUGAACAAGGCACCGUGCAACCCACAAAUCCACAACAACAUCCAGUGUCUUCGGAUGUUCCUGGUAUUCAUCGUGUUAACCCUCCUUCGCUAAUCGACCCCCGCAUGUUCGUUCCAGGACAAAGAUCAACACCGAUGCGUCCGAGUCAGCAAGUAUCGAUGCCGCCGUCUGCGCCGCAUGUUGCAAAUGAAACUGUAUACAUUCUAAACAGGAGUCAACUAGCCGCACGACAAGCGGUUUCGAAAGAUCUCCCGGAAUUCAGUGGCAACCCCGAGGACUGGCCACUCUUCUUGUCGAACUUUAGUAACUCCACCCAGAUGUGUGGGUUCUCCAACGAAGAAAAUAUGUUGCGGCUCCGAAAGUGCCUCAAAGGGAGAGCUCUAGAAGCAGUCAAGUGCCGCUUGCUUCAUCCAUUUAACGUCGCAGGAGUUAUGUCAACAUUGAAAAUGUUAUAUGGCAGGCCGGAAGCGAUUAUACAAGCAAUUGUAAAAAAGGUUCGAUCGUUACCAUCGCCAAACAUCGAUAGGCUAGAGACCGUCGUCAACUUCGCGCUCACCGUAGAGAACUUGGUCGCAACAAUCCAAGCAUGUGAAGUACACGAUUUCGUCUAUAAUGCUUCUUUACGAUACAAACUGGUGGAACAGUUACCUUCGACGUUGAAGCUUGAUUGGGCCAAGCACUCUAGGGAUAAGCUCAAUCCAAAUUUGCUCGACUUCAGCUCGUGGCUGAAUUCAACAGCAGAGGAUGCCAGUGCGGUAAUGGCUACGAUAAAUAACGACCCAAAGCCUCGUUCCAUUAAGAAGGACGGAUUUUUGAAUAUACAUUCAGAAACCGAGUCGGGAAAUAACAGAUCGUACAUGUCACCAUCUAAAGUGAAACCAACUUCUUUCAGUGGGUUUGAGAAGCAUUGUCCCAUAUGUAAGGGCGGGUGCCAGAGCAUUCCAAAGUGCAAACGAUUUGCCGAGUUCAGUUAUGACUCGAGAUGGGCUGCAGUGCGAGAGUGUAAACUCUGCCGAAAGUGCUUACGGAAGCACAACGGAUCAUGCUGGCAACAGAAGCCAUGCGGAAUAAGUGGUUGUACUUAUUUACACCAUCCUCUUCUCCACAGUGAGAAACAACAGAGCAAUAGUUCGUCAAAUGGUUCAAUUACUGCUACGCUAUCAGAAGGGACAUCUCAGCAGAGUUGUAACAUUCACCAAGGUCAAUCGAAAGUUUUGUUCCGAAUACUCCCAGUUCGUCUCUAUGGACCCUCGAAAACAGUGCAAGCCUUCGCGUUUAUCGAUGAUGGUUCGGAACUCUCGUUAAUGGAUCAAAGCUUGGCUGAAGAGUUAGGUCUGAAAGGCCCCAGGAAAUCCUUAUGCCUGAAAUGGACAGGAGAGACGCAGCGUUUAGAAAAGUCGUCACAGAUUGUAAGUCUGCAAAUUUCAAGUUGCUUCAGUCAGGCAAAAAGGUACGAACUUUCCGUACAUACCAUACAAAGUCUACAAAUAAGACCGCAAACACUACUCUAUUCUGAGAUUCAGAAGAAGUACCAACAUCUUGUCGGGCUUCCCAUUCAAUCGUACGAGAACGCCUGUCCUCGUAUAUUGAUAGGUCUUGAUAACCUCAAUCUCGGACAUCCACUGAAGUGUAAAGAAGGACAAUCACAAGAACCAAUAGGCGUCAAGACGCGUCUUGGGUGGACCGUCUAUGGAAGCUGCGUGUCAGAAGAUGCUGCUGAACAUUCCGUUAACUACCACUCCUUGCAGAUUUGUCAAUGCAACCAAUACAAUGAUGAGGAUCUCCAUAGAACAGUUAAAAGCUUCUUUUCGUUAGAGAGCAUUGGAAUUACAAAGCCCGAAAGACCCUUACAGUCUCAGGACGAUCAGCGCGCCCUGAUGCUUCUGGAAUCCCUAACAAUAUUUCGAGAUGGAAGGUAUGAAACGGGACUUCUAUUUAAGUACGACAAUGUGCGUCUGCCGAACAACAAAGAGAUGGCGCUGAAGAGGUGGCAGUGUUUGGAUCGGAGGAUGAAGCACGAUCGAGCAUUAGCAGAAGCAGUAAACGCGAAAAUCGAAGACCACAUCGAGAAGGGUUACAUACACAAGCUAACUGACGAAGAGGUUCAAGCCUACCCUAAUGUCUGGUAUCUCCCGAUGUUUCCAGUGGUAAACCCAAACAAACCCGGAAAAAUAAGGCUCGUGUGGGAUGCUGCAGGCACAACUUACGGAGUUUCUCUGAAUUCCGUGCUAUUGAAGGGUCCGGAUCUUCUAACGUCGCUGUUAUCUUUACUGAUACGGUUUCGCGAAUGCCGUAUUGCAGUAUCCGGAGAUAUCCGGGAGAUGUAUCAGCAAGUAUCAAUACGGAAGAAGGAUCAACCGUACCAGCUAUUCUUCUAUACAAACAGUGGAAUCAAUCCGAACACGUACGUCAUACAGGUCAUGACGUUUGGAGCCUGUUGCUCGCCUAGUACUGCACAGUACAUAAAAAAUCUCCAUGCAAGGAAGUUCGAACAGAGCUAUCCUAUAGCUGUUGAAGUAAUCGUGGAACGCCACUACGUCGACGAUAUGCUUCUAAGCGUCGAACAUGAGGAAGAAGCAAUAAAGCUAACGAGAGAGGUGAGGAAAAUUCAUGCAUCUGCGGGAUUCGACAUCCGAAAUUGGGCCUCCAAUUCUCCCGCGGUACUGAAGGCGCUGGACGAGUCCCCCACAGCAGUCAAAAGGCUAAGUGGUGAUGGUUCAGUUGAGAAAAUCCUCGGCAUGUGGUGGGACACUUCUACAGAUAACAUUACGUUUAAAAUUUCCGAUCGUAUAGAUGCGCUGCUCUUGUCCGGUACCCGUCGACCUACCAAACGAGAGGUCUUGCGGACUCUCAUGAUGGUUUUUGACCCGCUAGGGCUUAUCAGACAUUUUCUGAUGAUCCUCAAGACGCUUCUCCAAGAGAUAUGGCGCUCGUCAAUCGGCUGGGAUGAUUCGAUCAACGACUCGCAUUUCGAAACGUGGUCUUCGUGGUGUGUGUCCCUCCCCGGAAUAACGACGCUUCAGAUCCCUCGCUGCUAUCGAACAAAAUCCUCUACAGCCAAGCACAAUGACAUCCAGCUACAUACCUUUGUUGAUGCGAGUGAAACCGGCUUCGCUGCAGUUGUAUACCUGAGAUUUCAAGAAGACACCACCAUCGAAUGUGCAUUAGCUGGAUCGAAAACUAUCAAAUUUCUGUCCAUUCCCCGUUCAGAGCUUCAAGCCGCCAUAAUUGGAGUCAGACUAGCAGAAACGGUGAAGCAAUCGUUAUCGAUCAAGAUAAGGCAACGAUACUUUUGGACGGAUUCGAAGGACGUACUCUGCUGGCUGAAUUCCGACCAUCGUCGUUAUAGCCAGUUUGUGGCCUUCAGAGUCAGCGAGCUUCUCGAAUCCUCAGAUGUGCGCGAAUGGAAUUGGAUACCUAGCAAGCAAAACGUGGCGGACGAAGGAACGAAAUGA